GAAAGAUUAGUCACGUCAGGUGCAGUUGAGGGGUCACGUCUUGCAUGCAGAUGAGUCACGUCUUGCAUGCAGAUGCAGUUGAGAAUCGAUGCCGUGUUUGUGAAUGAUUUUUGCAUUUGCAAGUUGGAGGUUGACUCGUCUCAAAAUUUUGCUAGGAUACACUACGACGUGCGCCGUCCCGCCGAGUUCCGUGAAUACGUCAACCCACCUGCAGGGGAUCAAGUUCCAAACCAACGCGUAUAUGCCGAAAAUGGCCCAAACAGAUUUUUGAAGUGCAGAAACUAAAACAUGAUUGAAGGAAACCUUCGAAAGCCAACAGUCGGAACCCCACCCCUCAUCCUCGAUACUUGAUUUCGCUUAAAAACAAAAUUAGGUCAUAGGCCGGCUGUGCGGACAGGCUCCGAGAAAGACGGUCAUUAUGGUAGCAAGGAAGACCGGUUACCUGGCUGCGCACGAACUCUUGAAACACCGGCUUGGUCCCAAAGUUGCGACUUUUAAAGACAUAGCGGGUUUCAAUUGUGACAAAAAAAAUUUGCGAGGGGAGAAAAAACUUGUCCUUCUCUGUACACGAGAGGAGUGCCAGGAGGGUAUAAAAUCCAUUGUUGAAGGUUUUGUGUUGUGUGAGUGUGGUGAUGACGAAUGUAGUUGCUGAAAAAGUGCACCAUUGUGCAUGUUCAUGCGUGAUUCAUCUUCAUCCCCUCCAACGAACAGGAAUCGAGUUUCGUGCGGUAAGGGAGAUGCACGUGAUCGAUGUACCCUCUUUCGCUGCGCAAUACUGCCAAAUCGUCGGCCGGCCGGUUAGAGUUGAUUCGCACGCCUCCUUGCCCGCGAACGAGAGAACCGUAGAAAUUUUCCUCCACAUCGCGACACUCCCGGAUGGCGAAACCCGGCAGAGGGAACGGAAGAUCCUCGCGCUGGCGCAGCAUCAGAAAACGUGGCGGAUGAAGAUGGAGGAGGGCUUGCGAGAAUGGGAAGUAGAUGUGAACCAGCCGCCGAAGGGAAUCCGGGGUCUUGUCGCGACGCAAGUGGUCUACCCGAAGAAGACCAUAGACCAGGAGAUAGUGCAGAGUCUGCGCCGGGAACUGUCCAGUAGGAACAAUGAGUUGGAGGCGCUGCGUGCGGGUGCACUGGAUGCUGGACUUUUGUGAAAUUCCCCCGAUUUUUGCAUUUUUCCCACAGUAGCUUCGCAAACCAAUUUAUUCGAGGUAGCCAGAUCAUCUUCCGGUCGCCGACCCGCUGAACUCGGCCAGCUGAACUACGAAUGUUGAAUUUCGCCGCUUAGCAGAUCUUUCCAACGUCGAUUUCAAGACGCGAUCACAGUUCCAGAAAGAAGAUGAUGGUAAUAUUCCGUCUGCACUGUGUGCUGUUCCUUAUUCGACGACACCCGUUAUGUAUUGCUCCAGUGGUGCGUCCAAUUAGACCGAUCACUAUUUUCCGUAAAGGUCGUCGUUCCUUUUGUGAAAGGACCCGAGCUUUGCUUUUUCUCCAACCUAUCGUUUAGAACUCUAUCUAAAGUUUGACUGUGUAUCUACUCAGAGCUAACAGGAGCUUUCUAGUUCAACGUAAGUGCGUAAAGUUCGUGAUCGAAUCAGAUGAGGGGCCAUCUCCUUUCUUGGACAUAUUGACCCGUAUCAGAAGAAAAGCCAGUGACAAAUUGGUGCGAAUCGUUGCGUGCGUGAACAAUUUCGAUAAUUUUCCCUCUGAUUUCAUGAAAAGUCAGACCAGUGAACGCGUUGAAAGGCGCCAAUCGAGCGG